UGGAGAUGCUCUCACCUCUCACCUUCCAUAUUCCAUAUCACAUCCGCCCCCCUCCUUCUCUGCUCCAGAAAUGCUCUAUGUGUUCAUCCAAAUCUCAAUUAUGCUGAUUACAUGCGAGGCACAGUGGCUAAUCCCGAUUUUAAUCUAAUUGACGGCUUCUUUGUGGUUGAGUCUAACUUCUCCCACGCAAUUUUCCGAUUUGGAUGCAGAUUGAAUGAUCUCCCAGGUGUUGUUGUCCUCGCUUCAUUUGGCUCUGCGGUUAUCGAACCUCCAUCAACCGUCGGCGACCGUCCAGGAAGAUUAUUACAUAUGGAGUAUAACUUCAAGAGAGAGCGUUGAAUAUGCUUCUGGCCGUUCCAUUUUUUCUGCACCACCAACAUCUACUCUUAUCACUUAUCAAACCGAGAAAGGCCGCUCAAGUAGAGUAUAUUCUUCCAUGUUCUGAAUUCUGAUCUACUACAAUCUCUCUGCACAAGGGUUUUGUUACAUCGCCCAUAAAUGUUAGAGCAGUUAAUUAUUUUCACGAGAGGGGGGUUGAUCCUCUGGACCUGCAAAGGGAUCGGAAAUGCUCUUAAAGGUUCUCCUAUUGACUUCUUGAUUCGGACUUGCCUCUUGGAAGAACGAUCGGGUUCUGCAGCCUACAACUAUGAUGUGCCUGGAGCUGCAUACACUCUGAAGUGGACAUUUCACAACGAGCUUGGACUUGUAUUUGUUGCUGUUUAUCAAAAGAUUCUCAAUCUUUUGUAUGUUGAGGAUCUACUAGCUAUGGUUAAGCGAGAGUUCUCACAGAUAUAUGACCCAAAGCGAAAUGUGUACAAUGAAUUUAAUGAUGUUUUUCAGCAGUUAAGGAAGGAGGCGGAGGCACGUGUUGAGGAAAUGAAGAAAUCGAAGCAGGUAGGGAAGCCUAAGAAGACUGUAGUUGGUAAGAAGCAAGGGCAAGUUCAGAGGGGCAAUUUUGAUGGAGGUAAUAAAAAAAGUGAAUCAGGGGAUGAUGGCGGUGAGGAGGACAUGGUAAAAAAAAGCUCACCAGAGAAUGGUAAUUAUAAUUGUACAUUUGAAAAAGAGAAAUUGCCUGCAGAGCGGGUUAAUAAGAGUAAAGAGAAUGCUAACUCUGAAGCAGGUGCAUUUGAUGUAAAUAAGUUACAGAAACUUAGGUCUAAAGGUGUAAAGAAAAAUGAUACUAUUGGAAAGAAGAGUAUUAAGGCAGAGCCACAAAAAACAAUGAAAAAGAAUAGAGUCUGGGAUGAUAAACCACCACAAGAAAAGUUAGAUUUCACUGGCCAUGUGAAUGGGGAUGAGGAGCAGAGUGUAGCAGCCAUUGCAGUAGAUCAGGGUAGGAGCAUGAUGGACAAAGAGGAAAUUAUCAAUGAUAGUGAAAGUGAGGAAGAUGAGGAUGAAAUAGAGAAAGAUAGCAAGGUUGAGACAAAGAAGAAAGGGUGGUUCUCAUCAAUGUUCCAAAGUAUUGCAGGAAAGGCAAAUUUGGAGAAGGAAGAUCUGGAACUAGCCUUGAGCGGUCUUAAGGACAUGCUUAUGAGCAAGAAUGUGGCUGAGGAAAUUGCUGAAAAAUUAAGUGAAUCAGUUGCAGCCAGCCUUGAGGGUAAAAAACAAGCCUCAUUUACAAGAAUUUCUUCAAUAGUGAAGGUUGCAAUGGAGGAGGCUCUUACCCGUAUACUUACUCCUAAGCGCUCCAUUGAUAUUUUGAGGGAUGUUCAUGCAGCGAAGGAACAAGGGAAACCAUAUGUCGUGGUUUUUGUAGGAGUUAAUGGAGUCGGAAAAUCAACCAAUCUUGCAAAGGUUGCUUAUUGGCUUCUGCAGCAUAAGAUAAACGUAAUGAUGGCUGCAUGUGAUACAUUUCGUUCAGGAGCUGUGGAGCAACUCCGUACUCAUGCACGCAGGCUUCAGAUCCCAAUAUAUGAGAAGGGCUAUGAGAAAGAUCCCGCAAUUGUUGCAAAGGAAGCAAUCCAUGAGGCUUCUCGCAAUGGUUCUGAUGUUGUCCUUGUUGAUACAGCUGGCCGAAUGCAGGAUAAUGAACCUUUGAUGAGAGCAUUAUCAAAGCUUAUUUACGUCAACAGUCCAGACUUAGUCUUGUUUGUUGGUGAGGCCCUUGUCGGGAAUGAUGCCGUAGACCAAUUAACAAAGUUCAAUCAGAAAUUGGGUGACUUAUCACCCUCGCCAAAUCCAAGAUUGAUUGAUGGAAUUCUCCUGACUAAGUUUGACACCAUUGAUGACAAGGUGGGAGCAGCUUUAUCCAUGGUCUACGUAUCUGGUGCGCCAGUCAUGUUUGUGGGUUGUGGGCAGUCCUAUACAGAUCUGAAGAAGCUCAAUGUGAAGUCCAUAGUCAAGACCUUGCUCAUGUAGAGCAGAGCAUGCACGCUGGCUUGCCCUGUUUCAUCAUACCGUUUUCUACUAUCCAGCAAUUCCGUCCUGCAGUUUGUGUUGUGUGAUGUUUUUAUGACUUUUGAAUGCUCUACUGUGUAGUGUGUGCCCUGCUCUCGUUAUCCCUUGCCAUGAUUUUGGAUGUUCAAUCUAAGUACUCUCAAUUGCUUUCCUACCUCUGCGCUUGACUGAUUUAUAUACAUUUUUGUUGUACUAGUAGAGAAUACAUGGAUCAUUUUUGUGAGUACUAUUUUUUAUCAGAACAUAAAAAAUAUACUUUGAUCUUCCUCUCAAAUUAUCAGAUACAUUUGCUCCGAUGUAUGACUAAUAGUUAUUACAAUAUAGUGUCAUUGUAAAAUCGUCAUCAUUACUCCAAUGUCGCAAAGGUUUCCACUUACGGUGGGGUAAGGGGCGUCGAAUGUAUGCAGUUUUAUCAUUUUUACUCCUACACUAAAGCA